CCACACUCCAUAAUUGUUGCUGUUCCUUACUUGUCUUUUUUUUUGACUGAGCAGCUGCUACUUCUGCUCUAUGACAAGGCAGCCAUGGCUGCAGAAGAUCCCAUAGAAAGCCUCCAAAGAGAAGCAUCUUGUUCCAUCUGUCUGGAUUAUUUCAGUGACCCGGUGUCCAUCGAUUGUGGGCACAAUUUCUGCCGAGACUGCAUUACCCGCUGCUCAGGGAAAUCAGAAAGAAAAUUCUCCUGCCCUCAAUGCAGAGGAACUGCCCAGAAGAGAAUGAUCAGGCCCAACAGGGAGCUGGCAAAUGUUGCAGAAAUUGCCAAGCGGCUCAGGUUACAGGGAGGAAAAUCAGCAGGAGUGGAAAUGAUGUGUGAGAAGCACCAGGAGGCUCUGAAACUCUUCUGUCAGGAGGACCAAACCCCCAUCUGUCUGAUCUGCAGGGAGUCCAGGAUUCACCGAUCUCACGCUGUGGCCCCCAUAGAGGAAGCUGCCCAGGAAUACAAGGAACAAAUCCAGAUCCAACUACAGAUUCUGAAGGAAAAGAGACUAAAGCUGUUGGGAUUAAAAGCUACCAGAGAGAUGAAAAGCCAGCAUUAUCUGGAACAGACAAAAACGGUUAGAAGGAAGAUUGCAUCCGAAUUUCAGAGACUGCACCAGUUUCUGCAGCAACAAGAACAGCUCCUGCUGGCCCAGCUAGGAGAGCUGGAGAAGGAGGUGGUGAAGACACAGAUUGAAAAUGUCACCAUACUCUCUAAGGAGAUCUCCUAUCUCAGUGAUCUGAUCAGUGAGAUGGAGGGGAAGUACCAGCAGCCAGUGGAUGAAUUCCUGCAGGGCAUCAGAAGCACCUUGAAUAGGUGUGAAAGCAGGGAUUUUGAGAAGCUGAUGGAAACAUUCCCUGAAGUGGAAAAAAAACUCAACAAUUUUUCUCAAAAAAAUAUUGUUCUGAAGUCAGCUCUACAGCAAUUCAAAGACAAUCUGUUGGCUGAACUGAAGGUGGAAUGGGUGAAUGUGAAGCUGGAUCCAGACACAGCAAAUUGCCACCUUGUUCUUUCUGAGGAUCAGAAAAGUGUGAGAUGGGAAGAAACAGAGCAGGAUUUGCCCAACAAUCCCGAGAGAUUUGAUACAUAUUGCUCCAUACUGGGCUGUGAGGGAUUCACAUCAGGAAGACAUUACUGGGAAGUGCAUAUGGGCCCUACAGGAUACUGGGCUGUGGGGGUUGCCAGAGAGUCUGCAUGGAGAAAAGGAUGGAUCAGCCUUGACCCCUGCCAAGGCAUAUGGGCUGUGGGGCUCUGUGGAGAGCAGUACCGGGCUUUCACCUCUGUUGAAACUUCCCUGCCUUUGAAUGGAAGGCCCAAAAUAAUCCGGGUGUCUCUGGACUAUGAAGGGGGACAUGUGGCUUUUUUUGAUGUUCAUAAAGAGGUCCUAAGCUUCACUUUCCCUCCAGCCUCCUUCAAUGGAGAAAGAAUCCUCCCUUUCUUCUGGGUCUGGGAAUCCCAGCUCAUGCUGUGCCCCUGAGAUACAGGUUAUAUCUCAAUGUAGACCAUGAAAUGAAAUCUAGAGAAGCCUCUGACAUCUCCAUUUCCAUGACUGCAGAAGUUAGAGUAUCAAAACAAGGAAGAAGGAAGUGGAGCAAAUGGUAUUGCCUAGUCUGUGUGGCAUUAUCAUCCAUCUGUGGUUUUGAAGAACUAGAGAUGUCUGGGGGAUCAGGAAACUAGUGAUUCUGUGACAUGGUUUCUAGAUUCUCCAGCCUUAGUUGUACAUUCCUCAAAAGCUGAGAUAGGUUUGACAUGCAGUAUUUCACUUGGCCUAAGCUUGAAUCCCAUAAUUAAGCAGCCCCUGGGGCAUAGAUUUUGAUGUUCAAUUUGUAUCGUUAUACGUUGUCCAGCUGCCAAUAGAUACAUUUAUUGGUUGUAGAAGUUUUCAGCAGAGGAAGUUGCAAGUUUUGCCUACUGAGUAGGCAUAUUGGGGAUCUUGACCCAUGGGAAGGGAGUAGGGAACAGUUUGAGAUACAUGCAAUACCACAACUUUUCUGCUAAAAUAAUCACCAGUCAAAGAACUAGUGAUGUUGACCAUGCAGUUGCGAUAUUUAGAUCUCAGAGUUAAAAUCUGCUGAGCUCAGUGGUACGAUCUGUGUUUCUCAGAGCUAGUGUGUAUGGAUGGAUAAAGCAGAAACAGGAGAGGCAAGCCUACACAUUUGGAGAACAUUUUCUGGAAUUUUACACGGUUAUUUUUUUAGCAAUUUUUUGUACACUCCAGAAAAAGAUUUCA